AUGUUAAGGAUUCAAGAAAACUACUUAGUUCUAUUAAAGACUAAAGUGUCAGUUCAAAUUCAGUCAUCAAUGGCACUAUUUUCGCAUUCUACGAUAUCAAAACUGUACCAAUGGUACCAAAUAUGUACGACCUUUCUGUACCUUGCAUUGUUAGCGAGAUGGAUUAUCCUACUACCCCUGGUUGGAUCCAAGUUCCUUCCUGGAGGAAUCCAUGAAUUUUUGUGCCAUUUGAUGGUUUGGAGCAGUUUGGCGGAACUGGUGUGGUUGUUCAAAUUUCAUGGUUUUAAGAAUGGAUUGCAAUCGAGAACUUUGGUCAAAUGCUUAAAUUUCUUCUAUUUUGUGACCGUAUUGCAUUUCCACGAUGAUUAUGAGCAUGCAUUGGUCUUGAAGAAUACGAGCUAUUCCAGCUUUAUCAUUGGGUUGUCUUUAACGCAGUCCCAUAGCCAUUGGUGUAAACUGUUUAAACGUGGUUUUGUUUCCAAGAAAUCUUGGUUUUACAAAUUAGAAACAUGGAUUUGGAUGCCAGUGUUAUAUAUCAGUGAAUUUUAUCUGCUACUUCUCAAUGUACAGAAUCCAAACUUCCAUUCAACACCAGUUUUAGACAGGAUUAACAGAGUUGUUCUGGUGCUUUUCUUCCCCAUUGCAUUAACGUUGUACAAAAGACAACUUUAA